AUGACAGUCGUUUGCCAAUUGCUAACGCGACGGCUUCCGUGCCAUCGCAACAAGCUUGUAAAACGGCACAUACGAAAAACUGGCCGUUUGCAGGCCGGCGUCACAGGAACAAUAAACGACGUUCUCUAUUUGCUCGAAAACGACGACAACAAUUGCGGACUUCCCGCCGUCAAAACGUUCCAUCUUCUAUCGAUUCUCACAUUUGCUCUGAUCGCCGUCGGAUCAACAUCGCUCGUUUGGAUCAAAUGCUCAAUCGUAUUUCUAGUCGCCGUUUCAGACGCGAUUUGCAUUCAUCGCCGAAACUCGAAACUUCUUCGCUUCUCAUUUUUCGCUCAAUUAUUUCUAUGGCUUUCGUUGAUCGUCGUCGAUUUGUUUGAAAUCACCGACAUCACUCAUAUCGCUUUGUACACCUCGAUAUUUUCCCGUCAGCUUUUACAUCGAAUCAUCACGAAUUGGCUUGAAGCACAAAUCAUCAUUCCAUCAACUGAUUGCCUCUAUAUUUGA